AUGGGCGCGCUCGUUGCCUCUCCACGCAGCGAGACCGCGUGUGCACCCACGCAGGGUGGCUCGUGGCUCGAAGCUCGCGGCAGUCACUCAGCCUCGGAUAAAUUCUCUCGAAGAUCGUCUCUUCGAAGUUUUCACGUAUGCUUCGGCGCGUCUUCUCUCGCUUUGUUUCGCGAUUCACGUUCUCGCGCGAGUUCGAUUCGUUGCUCGGUUCUCUUCACCGAUCGUGACCGACGCCUUGUUUUCUGCACGCGACGACGCUCCUUCAAAGUGCGUGCUACCAAGGUGAUCGUGAUACCGCGCAAGACAAUGUGCGUGACAGCCACGCCGCUUAGCGCGACCAAAAUACUGAAGGAUAGUGCGAGACACCCGGCAAGGACUAGCAUCGCGACCAACGUACAGGUGCAGGGAUUAACAGGGGGCACGAACAAUGUCGGCGACACGGACAGACCGCAGCACACGUCGAUCAUGAUGGUCCGCAUGAUCGGCGAUGAAUUCCUUACGGAGGAAAGGGACCGGAAAUACCACGCCGACCAUUACACGUGUUGCCCGCCGCCUCUCUUUAUCAUCCUCAUCACUCUCGUGGAGCUGGGUUUCUUCACAUAUUAUACGGUGGCGAUGGGAGAAGUAAAUCCUUCGGGGCCGGUACCAAUCGACAGUGUUUUCAUUUAUAGACCAGACAAACGUCUCGAGCUCUGGAGGUUUGCGUUCUACAUGUUCCUUCAUGCUGGGUGGCUUCACCUGCUAUUUAACCUGGGAGUACAGGUGGUCGUGGGACUUCCUCUGGAAAUGGUUCACGGAAGUCUGAGGAUCGCGGCGGUUUACAUGGCUGGAGUUCUUGCCGGUUCUCUGGGUACCUCGGUGUUCGACACGGACGUGUACCUGGUUGGCGCCAGUGGGGGCGUUUACGCUCUCCUCGCGGCUCAUCUUGCGAACGUCCUCCUCAACUAUAAUAACAUGGAGUUCGGCAUUGUUCGAUUAAUAGGCAUCUUCGUGAUCGCGAGCGCCGACGUGGGGUUCGCGAUCUACGACAGAUACGCGGCCGAGCAAAUGGGCCCGCCCGUUUCGUACGUGGCGCAUCUGACCGGCGCGUUGGCGGGACUCACGAUCGGCCUGCUGGUGCUGAAGAACUUCGAGCAACGGCUUCACGAGCAGCUGCUCUGGUGGGUGGCUCUCGGCGUCUACGCGGCCUGCACUAUCUUCGCGAUCAUGUACAAUCUCAUGCAUCCAGACUAUCCAUGACGCGAGGUCAGCUUCGCGUAUGGCCAACCGCGAAAUUCGUAACGCGAAGCUGACUAAUCAAUCGAUCAACAAGAAGAAACGCGGAUAUGAAGAAAAAUGAAAAGAUAAGUAAUGGAGCGAGGAGGAUUGUCGAAACGAAUCCCGGUGAAGAUUCUCGCAAAGGAUUUCGAACUGUUGCGCGAGAAGAAGAAAAGGAAAAACGGUGUAAUGGAUAGAAAUUCGAACUGGAGAAGCCUCUGUUUCCGGUUCCACAGCGAUUGUUG